AUGCCACAUUCCGUCAACGCCAUCAGUAUCAACUCUCUGCAUACUAUUCCUCGUCGUCUUGGCGCGAUCCAAUGCCAUCUGGGACUCGGCCAACAUCACACAACCCGAAAGACUUCAUCCUCUUUCUCAACUACAAUGUCCCAGCCAAGAAACACACAAGCCCCAUGGCGUGAUGCGCUAGCCUCAAAUCUUGAACAGACCCCAGGCUACGAAUUCACCCUUGGAACAGUCGACUAUGAUUCCAACGGCCGCGCAGUGCCCCGUGUCCGCACCUGUGGCUGCCGUGGUUUCUUCCCAGAGCUCAAGCUCCAUCCAAGUGGACAAGAGGAUAUGAAGCAGCAAGUUGAAGACGGAGGCAACCCUCAGAUAUACGAGAGUGAUAUGUUAACAUUCACAACUGAUACUCGGAUGGAGAAGCUUCCCCAAAUUGACUCCUCUGGGAAUGCCGUUGAGGCUAUUUUUUGGCUUCAGGAUUUGAUGACCCAGUGGCGGGUCAAAGGCAGGGCAUUUGCCAUCGGAAGCCCCUCUGGCGAAGAGCAUGAAGGGGAAAAGAUAUCUCGGGCGGAAAUCAGUCAUGGUUUGCGGACCAAAGAAAAUUCCAGUGGGGAUGUCAAGAAGUGGACAUGGGAGAAGGCUGUGACUGAAUACUUUGCAAACCAUUCUCCAAUGAUGCGAGGCUCUUUUCGAAGUCCACCUCCUGGGCAGCCCAGAUCCAAGCUGCCUAGUGAUUCCCCUUUACAGCUGGGACAGAAGGUCACUGAUCUCCAUGAUACUGUUUCUCGUGCAAAUUUCAGAGUAGUAGCUAUUGUUCCUGAUGAGGUUGAACGUCUUGACCUAUCGGACAUGAACGAUGUUCGAAGAGAAAAAUGGACUUUCAUAGCGGAUUUGGACGAAGGGGAACCGAAGGGUUCUUGGGAACAGAUGGAGCUGUGGCCAUAA